CCCAAAAACCCUCCUUCAAUUUUCAUUCUCUGCAGGUGGGACUGAAGCAAACCUUCUGGUAAAAAUGGCAAUCGCUGCGGUCUCCGCCGCUACCAGAUCGAUUUUCCGGUCGUCUGUUGCUCGUAGCGCUGCCGCAAGGAUUGCGUCAGAGUCCAAAUCUGCUCGAGCCCCCUUUCGCAUCGCUUCCAGAAGUAAUCUAGCUCCACGCAUCUUCAGGUGUCCAGCUGAGUUGAGCGCCUGUGCGUCGUUGCAGCCUUAUCACACGGCUACUGCCUCGGCUUUGAUGACCUCAAUGCUUACAGUUGAUCCCCGCAGCUUUGGUUGGCUCUCCGAAGGUUAAUAUUCCCAAGGUAUCUAGCAACACCUCUAGGGUCUACCUUUUCCUCAUUAAACAAUUUUUGGGGUUGACAGGACUAGAUGAAGAGGGACAAGCAAAGAGGAAUGACCUGGAUUUCUUUGUGUUUCAAAGCUUCACAUUUUAGUAGAAAAAUGAUGUUUUUAGAUGUUGGACUUGUUUGAAGAAAUUAGAAAUUGUGUAGAUUAUUUAAAAAAUAAUAAUUCUAAUGCUCCUUUUGUCUUCUGAUUUAUUUUUAUGGUGCAUGGUAUAAGACUAUUAUAUCUAUUGUGUUUAAUUGUCA